AUGUGGAGCAAAUUGCUUCAUUUCACGGUUGAUGCCGUCCUUGUGUCCACAUUGCUAGCUGGUGUUAAACGCACCACUGGACUACAGCCAGCCAUUUCCAAGAUCCAAAACAAAGAGAUCCGUGGUUAUUUAGAAAGCUAUCUGAAUGUUGGAGAAUAUAUACUAGACACUACAAUAUUGAUCAUGAACAGCUCCUCUUACUUUGAACGAAAAUAA